AUGUUUGCUCGCGCGUCUUGUGCACCGUCACUGGGCAUCGCGGCGCGCCUGUUGCCUCUGGCUCAGCUUCGAGACCAGACCAUCGGCCGCACAACUGAGGCAUCGCAUUCACUGCUGCUGAUAUUCCAUCCCUCUUUUCUGCUUCUCUCACUCUUUGUUGCACCUGUUGAGACCGACCUCCCCCACAAGGAUGCGCCAAAGCGCGACGUCCUCUCCCCGUCUCGUUCUGCCAUCAGGCGCUCAGCCCAGACAGAAGCACGCGAGCGACGGAAUUCCAACAGACGCUCCAGCGUUCGCAUCGUAGCCCUUCAACCACAUCUUCGUCCCUCGCGACGGUAUGCUCCAUGGGCUAUCGACGAUGGCACUAGGAGUCUAGUCCCGCCCUCGUACGACGAUGCGCCUUCAGGGUCUGCACGUGAGGUGCUGAGAGAUGUCACCUCUAGGCCACCUCGGAGUGACCGUCAUCUAGAAGACCGGAUGAGCUCCCUCUUCGGCGGUACGUGGCAUAACAUCGGCACUCCAUCUUCACAGAGGAAUGAUGAUCCUCCUCCGGAUGGAGAUUUUUGGGGGAGGGUUGAAGGGAGGAUCGACCCGGUUGACCCGGUUGACCCUCGACCGCGGCGUGCGCGCAUCGUUGCACCAGACUAUCCCAGGCGCCAUCACAGCCCCCAAAGCCGUCGCUCAUACCACGUCGGCACACCUCCCUACCGGCCGGCGCGGGCCGGGUCUGAGAGGUUGCAGAGCGAGUCGGCGACAUCAAACGAUGAUGCCGUACAGCAGCACGCCUUGCCACCAUUCAGAUCUCUGCGCCGAAACCCAUCACGAACAAUUCGAACUUUGGUGGCUGAGGAUUCAGCCGGGCGGAUUCGUCAGCGAAGCAAUGCUGCCGAUGGUUUGGGAGACCGUGACAGAAGCCUCAGCCCGGAGGUUUGGGACACUUUGCUCACGACACUGACUCCCGAUCCACAACCACCUAGCGCUAGCUCUUCAUUUGCAUCUGCGGCAGCGCCUCAGAACGCGGGCCCGUCCAAUGCGCCUCCGCCUCCAUCUGCUCCAGGCGUGCCUGACGAACUUGUGGACGGCGCUUGCGAAUCGGGACACGAAGGUUCUGACGAUGAAGAAGACGAGUGGUACUCUCAGCUCCCUGCUACAAUGCGUAGCGUUACCAGCUUUCGCCGCCGCUUUGAAUACCAAAGACGCCCAGCAGUGCCAGGGUAUAAUCUGGAUGGACCAUCAGAUGGACCCUUGGGCGACCAGUCUCAAUCCGAAAGGCCUGGCUACAGUCUGCACGAUUCGCAGACAGACGGCUACGCCCUAUUGUUAACCAACAGCUUCCUCACCCAGGUAGGGUCAGAAGACGAACGGAGGGCUGACCGGCUUCGACCAAACCGAGAAGGAUCGACAGGGAGCGGGCCUGGCGCCCAGACAGGAGAUGAAGAGUGGCUAGGCAUGCGACGGAUCGUCCAGAGCCUCGCGGCGAGAGAAGAUAUUCCGGACGAGUGGUGGGCUGAGGCCGGUCUCAAUCGGACUCUUCCCCAUGACGAGUCCAACUGA